CCUACCAUUAAAGCUCCAGCUUCCUUUUGGGACAUGUCAUAUUUUCCCUCGAAUACAUUUAAUUCCUAAUAAAACAACUAUUUGUGUUCUCUGUUCUGGCUCGAAUCAACAUCAAUUGCUCUGUUCGUACCUACACCACACCCUCAUAACAUGUCGUCCUCUGAUAAAUUGAUGGAUACGGAACCUGGUGGCGAGAGCCGACAGUAUGAGUCCAUAAAGGAGUUCACGAAGACGCCCCCGAAACAGAGUGGCCAGCUGAGAGCUGGAGCUGCACACACAUACAGUGAUAUUAAAACUGGUCUAGAGCCCGGAGAGGCCCAGGAGGGUUAUGGCGAAAUUUCCCCAGAUGAAGAUGGGUUCGCGGGCAGAACAACUGACGUAUCGGGAGAGGCUGAUAAAGAUCUGAAACCACGGGCGCCAGAAGAUGAUGAGGAGGCGAGGAAAAGCAGGCGAGCACAGAGGUAUGGGCCUGGUUCAGGUGUCGGUGCAUAG